GUGAGAUGACGUCCACACUCGGCCAGUCGGCCCCCCUGGUCUCAAACCUGGAACCGGGGAUGGGUAGGUCUGCAGCCAUGCUGGGGCUGUCCGCUGGGCUGGGGGGAGAAGAGAUGGAGCUGCAGAAGAUGCUCAUUGAUGAGAGGAUCAAGUGUGAAAACCAGAGGACAAACUACCAGACGCUGAAGGCUGAGCACACCAGCCUGCAGGCUGAGUUCAUGCGGCUGCAGGGGGAGGUGAAGCGCCUGCUGAGUGAAAAACAGUCUGAGCAGGAGAAACUGCAGCUGCUGCUGGCUGAGCUGCGAGGAGAGCUGCUGGACAAAACCAGGGAGCUGGAGGAGCUGCGGCUGCAGGUGAUGACCCCUCAGCGACUGGAGUUACUCAGAGCUCAGGUGCUGCAGGAGAUGGAGGCUCCAGUGAGAGAGAGGUUCUACAAGCUUGAAGAGGAAGCAGAGAAGUAUCGGUCUGAGUACAACAAGCUGCGGUACGACUUCACCUUCAUCAAGACCCAGUUUGAACACCAGAGAGAAGAGCACGCCCGUGUGCUGGAGGAGAGGAGGAUCCGCUACGAGGCGGAGGUUUCUCGACUGGAGAAGGACAGAGAGGAGCUGGUGGCUCAGUAUCAGGGUUCGGAUACUCUGCGCGACGGGAAGCGGGUGGAGGCCCUGCUUAGAGAGAAGGCCCAGCUUCACCUGAGGCACAAAGGCCUAGAGGCAGAGGUGGCCGAGCUCCGAGCCCAGAGGGAAAACUCAGGACAGCAGGCUGAGAGCGUGCAGCGCAUUCAGAUCAGACAGCUGACAGAGUUACAGGCCGUUGCGAAGUCGCUGGAGGCGGAGCGUCAGUCGUUGCGUCAGCAGCUGGAGAGGAUGGAGAGCGAGCUUCGCCAGGACCACGAGCAGAACAGCCAGCUCACAGGGCGACUCCACAAAGCUGAGAGAGAAGUCAGCUCUCUGACCUCUCAGAUUGAAAGCCUGAAGCAUUCCCAUAAGCUGGAGUUAGCCAGUGUCAAGCUGGAGUGUGCUCGCUCUAAAGGGGAGAUUGAGAGGGAGAGAGACACGCUGCAGGGUCAGAUGGACGGUCUUCAGGCAGAUGUGGAGGUGCUGAAGGCAGCAUUGGAAAGAAACAAGGAGGUCCUGGUGGAAAAAGAGAGGGAGAUGGUGAGGAAGGUGCAAUCUGUCCAAGAGGAGGAAUUCCACAAAAUUGCCACCUUACACGAGGAAAAGAUGGAGUUGGAGAACCGCCUAGCAGUGUUAGAACAGCAGAAGGCGCUGCAGGACGCUUCAGAUCAGGCGCUAAAGGAGGAGUGGGAGGAACGUCUCCGCAGUGCUCAGCAGGGAGAAGACUCGGCUCGCAGAGAACUGCAGAACCUCAGAAGUAAACUGCAGCAGCAGAGUUCGCAGCUGGAGGAGCUGGAGAGGCAGAGAGCAGAGAUUGGUGACCUACAGAAGCAGAACCAAGAGCUUGGUGUCCAGUUGGGGGCACUGUCGCGUUCUGAAAGUGACCUGUUGGAUGCAAACCAGAGACUGCGAGGAGCCCUGGACCGAGUCAGGGAGGAGCUGAGGACGGCCCGGGCCCAGGCAGAGAGGAGCCAACAAGAGGCAGAGAGGGCGGUGGAGGAUCGGCAGUUGGAGUGGUUGGAGGAGAAACACAAGCUGCAGGAGCGAGAGGCCGAGCUGCAGCAGAAGUACUCCCAGGUCAGAGAGAAGGUGCUGAGAGCAGCCGCGGCCCAGAAGAAGAGGAAACAUCAGACAGAGAACAGAGAGAAGAGGCUGCAGGAUAAGAUCCAGCUGCUGGAGGCCAAAAUUGAGGAACUGGAACUGGAAGCUGUUGCUGCUAAAAAACGUUCCGUGUUCUCAGAGGAGCAGGCUCAACUAAAGCGACGGCUGAAGGAGCUGCAGCGACGACACAAUGAGUUUCGACGCCUCCUGCUCGGUGGCCAGGGUCCCUUCAGUGGAGAACCCGCCUUCACGGCCUCCUCAUUCUCCUUCCCGGUCCUCGGGUGCGAGGGGCCGCUAUCUGCCGACCUGGAGGGGGAAUUCUCAGUGCUGCGGAGGAGACUGGAGAGUCUGGAAAGUGCUCAGCAGCAGCAGCUGGACGAACUGGACUCACUGGCGCAAAAGGAGCGUGAUGCAGCUCCCAAACGUGACCCUUGACCCUUACCAUGUCUCUUUGGACUUGUGAAUCAAUUGUAAUCAGAUGGUGUUUUCAAGUCAAGUGUAUCAAAAUAUUUUCAAAAAGUAGUUUGUAUAGGCAUAUUUUCCUGAAAAUGAAAUAAGUUUUUCUUUGGUCUAAAAGCCCUCUGCACCUUGAACAAAACCGCGACUUUCUCAGGGUUCAAUCUUGGAUUGAAACACUUGUUUACAUUUUUCUCUAAGCCAGGGAUUGGUAACCUCAACAAGCUGAAAAGCCCUUGCUUUACAGUUUUACAUGAUCCUUUGGGAGAAAAAACAUUUUAAACAUACCUAUAUUAUCAGUUUAGUUCAUUUUAUGGUUACAUUAAAGCACUUAAUUUUAUUUGGUGGAUUUUAGAACAGAAGAACAGACUCAUAAUGAAAUACAUGUUCCUUACAAGAAUGUUUCAUAUUUAUGAACAAAGGGGGUGCUUAAAUUCUGUGGAAAAUAUUGCAUAGAAAAACUUUGGAAAUUUGCCUGUUUAUUCUCUUUCUGAUGUAAAAUCACCGUUUAGUUUUAGGGCCUUCCUGGUUUAUGUUAUGAUCCCCGGUUCUGGGCUUAAAAAGCCCGAGGCUGCAGACUCCUGGUCUGGAAAGGAUUUGUAUGGAGCUGUUGAGAAGAAGGCACAAUAUCCUGCAACUUGCACAUGAGAUGUACAGAUUAUUAUUGUUUUUACUUGAAUAAUAACUCAGGCAUCAGUCUGCUUUGUGACUCA